GUUGACGAGCGACGUGCGACGCGACGCGAUUGUCUGUUAGUAUCUGUUGUGUUGGUGUCAUAAGUCGGAGUGCGCAUUUCUUGAAUUUUCUGCGUUUUCUGGUACAACUGCAGUGGAAUUCAUCAUGGGUCACCGCAGGACCCGCAGCUGCCAAGGGGAGACAAAUCAAUGCGUCGUGUGCCUGAAAAAGUUCGAUCAUGCCUCCCAUCUCCGGUGCCAUCUCAAAAUUCACAUCGAAGAGAAGCCAUUCAAAUGUUCCGUAUGCCAAAAGGAAUUUGUCAGAAAUGGAAACCUAAAGAGGCACCUCAAAACUCAUGCAGGGGAAAGGCAGUUUGAAUGUCACCGGAGGCCCCGUAGCUGCCAUGGGGAGACAUAUCAGUGUGUCUUGUGCCUAAAGAACUUCGAUCAUGCCUACCUUCUCCGGAGCCAUCUCAAAAUUCACAUCGAAGAGAAGCCAUUCAAAUGUUCCGUAUGCAAUAGGGAAUUUGUCAGAAAUGGAAACCUAACGAGGCACCUCAAAACUCAUACAGGGGAAAGGCAGUUUGAAUGUACCGUUUGCAACAAUAAUUUUUCUGAAGCCCAUUCCCUUAAGAGACAUCUGCGUACUCAUACGGGAGAGAAGCCUUUCGAAUGCACGAUGUGCUUCAAGAAAUUCAUCCAAGCCAGCGACUUGAACAUGCAUUGCCGAACCCAUAUAGACGAGAAACUAUUCCAGUGCACCGAAUGCCACAUGAAAUUUACGGAGCCAUGCAAUUUGAGGAGACAUCUUCGCACUCACACCGGUGAGAAACCAUUUGAGUGCAACAAGUGCUCCAAAGCCUUCUCGCAAUCUGGAAAUCUCAAGCGUCAUCUUCUGUUGCACCUACCAAAAAUACCAUUCCAGUGCACAGAGUGUACUAAGAAGUACUCUCAAUCUGGUAAUCUGAGGCGUCAUCUCCUGAUGCACAUCCGAAUCCUGUGCGAGAGGGAAAGAGAAGCCCAAUAUAUUGCUACUGAUUCUACAAAUAAAAAUGACGUUACCUGUAUUCCUAGAAUAAAUAGAUUGUACCUGUAAAA